AUGACUCCUGCACCGACUCGGGAUUCAUCACAGAAAUUUUUAAAAAUAUUUGAAGAUUAUAAUUCAUUUUUCCGUUUAUGGAUCGGUUUAAUACCUGGAGUUUGUAUCAGCAAUCCUGAUUUCAUUCAGAAACUGUUAACUAAUAAAAAUGGAUUAGAAAAAUCUUUCUUAAUGAAGUAUUUUGGUAAAGAAGCAAUGGGAGAUUCAAUAAUUCUCUCGGAUGUGGUGAAAUGGAAACAUAAUCGGGGAAUCGUAGCACGUGGAUUCACUCCAUUAAUUUUAAAAUCCUACUUUAAAAUAUUUGUUGAAAAAAGUUUGAUGUUGGUUGAAAAAUUAGAUGAAAAAUUAAAUGAUGGUGAAUCGUUUGAUAUAUAUGAGUAUUUAUCAAAAACUACUUUAGAAGCAGUUUGUGGAUCAACUAUGGGUGUUAAUAUUGACAUUCCAAACUCGUAUUGUUCUGCCCUCGAAAGUGCUUUCCAUUUAGGCAUGCAUAGAAUCUAUCAUUUCUGGGAAAUUCCAAACUGUACGUACCGUUGGACUGAUAAUUAUAAGAAAUUCAAUGAAAGCAUCAAAACCGUAAGGGAAUUCACUCAUAAUGUUUUUUUACAAAAGAAGAAAUACUAUAAUUCCAAGAAUAAUGAAAAUGUUAAUGAAAUUAAAAGUAAUUUAAAAAAUGAAUUUAAAAAACCAUUACUGGAAUAUUUGAUUGAUUUUGCAGCCGUAAAUUCAGAUUUCACAGAAGAAGAUAUAGAAAUAGAAGCAAAUCUUGCGAUAAUGGCGGGAUAUGAAACGUUAUCAACCACUUUAAGUUAUGUUAUCUUAAAUUUAGCUUUACAUAAAGAUAUUCAAAAUAAAGUAUGCGAGGAGCUAUUUGAAGUAUUAGACAAUGAUUCAGACCGUACAAUCGCUGUAGAGGAUUUAUCAAAAUUAAAAUACAUGGAAAUGGUUAUAAAGGAGUCCAUGAGACUGUAUGCGCCUGUGCCAUUGAUAUCCAGACAACUAACAGACGAUAUUAAAUUUGGAGAUUGGUUAAUACCACAAGGAGUUUCAUGUGUUGUUUCAAUAUUUUCAUUACACCGCGAUGGGAAAAUUUGGAAUAAUCCAUUAAAAUUUGACCCAGAUCGUUUUACACCGGAAAAUUCAAAAACUCGACAUCCAUAUGCACACAUACCAUUUAGUGCUGGUCCUAGAAAUUGUCUUGGUGAUCGGUAUGCCUGGAUGCUUAUGAAAGCCGUUCUAGCAACAUUAUUACGUCGCUAUGAAUUUCAUACCGAUUUAAAAGAAAAUGCAUUAGAAUUUGAAAUUGCGAUUACGUUGAAGCUUAUUGGUGGCCACCAAGUUCGAAUUACAUCUCGUAAUCAGGACUGUUUUUAAUUUUAAUUAAUUAUGUGUACCUUUAAUUUAAUCACGAAAUAAACCAACAAAAUCAGUCAA